CCAUCAUUCAAGAACUUUUCAUUCAUUGAUUGAUUCAUUGUUCGCAACCGAGUUCAACUCACUACAAAACCGAGUCGAUCCCCGAGUUUUACGGCGGUAUACGAUGGGUAUAUGCACCUCGUGUGAGUCCGCCUCGGUGGCGACGGCGAAGUUGAUACUUGAAGACGGAAGGUUGCAGGAGUUCUCCUGCCCCGUCAAGGCCUCCUACGUCCUACAGAGGGACCCCACCGUCUUCAUCUGCAACUCCGACGAAAUGGACUUCGGCGACGUCGUUUCCGCCCUCGCCGGAGACGAGGAGCUCCAGCCCGGACAGCUCUACUUCGCUCUCCCGCUCUGCCGCCUAAAGCGCCGCCUCCAGGCCGAGGAAAUGGCCGCAUUGGCCGUCAAAGCUAGCUCCGCCUUGACCAAGAGCUUGGGUAGUGGCUGCGAGAAGAAAUGCGGGUGUCGCCGGAAAGGCGUAUUAGAUUUCCCCGUCGAGAAGGAAUCCAAGUCGGCGGCGGCGGCGGAUAGGUCAGUCAUCGCUGGAGGGUUGACCAACGGUGGAAGAAGUAACGGUAACGGAGGUGGUAGGAGGAGGUCAGGGAAGUUCGCGGCGAACUUGAGGGCAAUUCCGGAAUAAGAAAAGAUCACGACGGUGGGUCGUGGUCACUUUGUACUGUAAAUAUUCGGAGUUUUUAGAUAUAGCUUCCGAAUUAAAUCCGAGGGUAAAUGGGUAAUAUUUUUUUCUACCUGGACGGACGGACGGGGAAACGGCCGUUUCCACUUCAAUUCCGUCACUUAUUUUUUAUUCGUGUUUUUUCUCUCUCUCUCUUGGGGGAUUCAUUAUUGGUGCCAGCCGGUGAAUGGGGGGUUUGUGUCAUCCAGUUUUGCCUCAACAUUUGUUGUUUGCCUAUGAAUUCCAAUUCCAAAAAAAAAAAACAGAGAGUAUUUCUUUAAAUUUUGGCCUUAUUUCAAUAUAAUUGAUUGUAGUUU